AUUGACGAUCGCCUGUGCCGCUCUCUAUCGCGAAUAAGCGUGGCUAGCUCCUCGAGCUCGCGUCGCAACCAGCUUCCUCCGCAUCCAGCUCCGAUCCCCAAUUAUCUCCAUGUCCGCCGCCGGCGCCAUGGCGCCGCAAACAAACGGCGCACCGCCAUCCUCAGCACCUCAAGCCCACCCGAGCACCCAGCCACCGCAAUCCCAGCCGGCCCCGUCAUCACAAGCGCCAGCAACCACCGCACCCCCCCAAAGCCAACCCCCCGCCUCGCAACCGGCGCCGCAAAACCCCGUCCAAAACGCGCCACAACCAGCGACAACAGCAGCAACAGCAGCAACGACAACAGCAGCAGCAGCCGCCAACCCCUCCGCCGCCCCGCGCCCCCGCGACGCGCGCACCAUCGAGCUGCUGCUGACCGCGCAGGGCGUGACGUCGUUCGAGCAGCGGGUGCCGCUGCUGCUGCUGGACUUUGCGUACCGGCACACGGCGUCGGUGCUGUCGGACGCGCUGCACCUGUCGGCGGACCCGUACACGACGCACGCGGGGGCGCGGCCGAGCGGGGCGGCGGGCGCGGCGCCGGUCAACGUGGGCGAGGCGACGCUCAGCGCCAACGCGGUGCGCCUGGCCAUCGCCAGCCGCCUCAACUUCCAGUUCCACGGCGGCGGCGCCAGCAAGGACUGGAUGAUGGAGCUCGCGCGGGAGAAGAACAAGAUCGCGCUGCCCCGGGUCUCGCCCAGCGAGUGGGGCGUGAGGCUGCCCGGCGAGCGCUUCGUGCUGAGCGGCGUGUCGUGGGGCCUGAGGGAUGUGUGGGCGGGCCAGGAGGGGACUGAGGAGAGCAGCGACGAGGACGAGGACGAGAUGAUGGCCGACGGCCCUGGUGGUGCUGGCGGCGAGGGGAAGGGAGCGGAUGCGAUGGAGGUUGAGACGGAGGAUGUUGGUGGAGACGGGGUUGAGGGCGGCACAAUUGGAGAUGUAUUUGGGGAUGAGGGGUUGGAGGAUGAAGAAAUGGCCGAGGCGUGAGCCGGCCGGUUCUCAAUUGGAGAAGAUCCGGCGGUGGGAGUUGAGGGUUGGCUUUAAUUCUCUUCUCGACGAGGAAGUCGACAUAAAGGAGACGCGCUGUUAGGCAGCGUGGGAAGGUACUCUGGCGUUCUAGGGACUCAGGGAUAUACGGGGUGAUGGCGUCGGUCAGGCCGUGUUUUUACCUUUGCACGCCCUUCAGCGUUGUGCCUGCUGGCUUCGACCAAAGUCUGCUCUGAGACG